GCAGGCUUAGCAGAGCCUGAUUGUGUAACAUUCUGCCUGGUUAUUUUAAUAUCUAAACAGGAGUUCUUGAAGACACAAGCUGUGGGCAGGACUAGUGCAAGUAUCUAACCCUUACAAGUUCUGAAAUACAGAACCAGCUUUAUCCAUCUCGCAGAUAAAAAGGGUUGCAUUGUAUAUGUAGUUUGUCUGGCACUCAGUUUAGCCCAAGUUCAAAGGACCUCAAGACAUCCUUUAUGUCGAUACUUGCCUAUGAGCAAACCAUAUCCUAUCCCUGCUGCAGUGCUAGUUAUAAUAAGCCGGAAGUUAAUCAUGAGCCAUGGCCUCAACUAAGAAUGUACUUAAUUUUGUGUGUGAUGAAUAUGUAGACAGCUGUGGCUUUAUAAAAAUGUAAAUUUGACAUGGAGAGCUUCCAGAGACUCCCAUAUUAACAUGUUAAGCCUGCUGCACACAGCCCAACUCAUCUCAUCUGAGUAUGCACAGAUUCUGCGAUCAGUUUUGCUCAGUUUUGGUUUGACGUUACAGUUCAGUUUUUUACGACUGGGUGUCGCACUCUGCUAAGACUGAAUUACUGACCACAACUAGAUACUGGUGAUUUCUAUGUAUGCAAAUGUAAUUAAUACUGCCCUGCACACAUUUUUGUAUUAACUUAGCCCAACAUAGCGACCCUCAUAUUAUGCAUGGCAUCGUAUGCUGAUUAGACGGUGGAGACAGCGCCGCGAGGCAACCAAAAGAAGCGCUUAGCCUAUUAAUUUAGCUAUUGACCAUUUACACCGUGCAAACGUUUCAGGCAGUGUUUGACUUUUUGUAUAGUUUGUCUACUACACUUUAGCCUGUGGUAAAUAAAAUCCAAACUGUUGAUUUUUUUUUAUUUGACUGGUGUUUUUUUCUCAGCGUGUGGAUCUAGGGGCUUGUGAUUUGUGACCUGUUGGAGAUCGACACACCGGUUACUUCUGUUUUGCGCAGUAAGAAAAUAUACGCUGCCAGUAGAUUGAUAAUAAAAAGGUAAAUUGAUAAUUUACUUUUGAUUAGUAAACGCCUAAAAAACAAUUCAAAUGUGCACAUAUCUGGUAUUUUUUAAAAUUCUGGACACUCGGAGCAAUUCAAGACUAAUGUAUUUUUACCUGUUGAACUAAAGCUGUCAAUAUUCCACCGUCUUGUAUGACAAGUUACAUGACAAGCUACGUCACUUAAACCUACUUCACCAUUGGUUGACACCCUUAUGACUAAUCAGUCUCAGUCAGUCUUGGUCGGCAACCGCUGCACACAGACAGACUGAUCACAUCUGAACGAAACUGCGUCUGAAAAAGAUUCAACAUGUUCAAUCUUCAAAUCUGAAGACAUCCCGACUGAAAUCUGCAUAAUCUUGGUGUUAAGUGCACGCACACUGAUAUGAUUCAUCCAAACUCGGUACGGCCAGUUGAGAUGAGAUGAAAAGGGAUGGCUUGAGUCGGGCUGUGUGCGGCGGGCUUUAAAGGAAGUUCUUAGCAAGUUUGAAUUGCGCAAGCAGUUCUCCAGAUUUAUGAAAAAACGUAAGUGUGGUGUGCGUUUGUGCAGUUGCCUCCACAGUAUUCCUGUCACAGGGGAUGGGUGUAUAGCUGCCCACUGACAUCUCAUAGUGAGUCAUGACUUCCUGAAGUUCACCAUUGGACAUUACACACUCUUUCUCCCCCUACCUUGCUGUAUCUCACAUAUUCUCAGCAAAACAAGCCUGUCCUGAUCUUUAUGAAAGUACUUCCAUUGAAUCUUCUAGUGUAGAGAUCUGAGGUACUUGGAGGGUGGCAGUGUGGUCUACUGGUUAGAGCUGAGAAGGGACUGGGAGGGAUGCAGUGUGGUCUAGUGGUUAGAGCUGAGAAGGGACUGGGAGGGAUGCAGUGUGGUCUAGUGGUUAGAGCUGAGAAGGGACUGGGAGGGAUGCAGUGUGGUCUAGUGGUUAGAGCUGAGGGACCAGAAGAGAGGCAGUGUGGUCUAGUGGUUAGAGCUGAGGUACUUGGAGGGAGGCAGUGUGGUCUAGUGGUUAAAGCUGAGAAGGGACUGGGAGGGAGGCAGUGUGGUAUAGUGGUUAUAGAUGAGGGACUGGGAGGGAGGCAGUGUGGUCUAGUGAUUAUAGAUGAGGGACUGGGAGGAAGGCAGUGUGGUCUAGUGGUUAGAGCUGAGGAGGGACUGGGGUGGAGGCAAUGUGAUCUAGUGGUUAUAGAUGAGGGACUGGGAGGGAGGCAGUGUAGUCUUCUGGUCAGAACAGGGUGCGAUUUGUCAAAACAGUAGACAAGCCUAUAGUAAAGAUGCAUCACAUUGAUUCAUCAAUCAUGUGCCAAUAUCUGCCACCAUGCAAAUGCAGUUAUUAUCGUUUAAAACGUUUAAAAUUAUUAUUCUCGAUAACUAGAAGGCAGUAACAACGUUCCUCCUUGAUAAUUUACAUGGACUGUACAUAUUUUAAACUGCCCUGACUUGCAGUACAAGAUGUUCAGACCGCUCUGUGAUAUUUUAUGUUCCAUUACCAAACAACCGCUGCUAAUCUUACCCAACAAUCCCAGCAGAAACAGCGGGUAGCGGUUCUUCUGAAGCGGCUUCUGGUAACCAAUUCCUUUGGCUUUGGGAAGAUUAUGUAAGAAUAAUUUCCUAUCUGACCUGUGGAUUUGUGGUCAGCCCUGGAAUUGUUGACAUAACACAACAAUCAAAGCUCCCAGAACAGUCCAUGACAAUGAGACCCUGCCUGCUCCUGUAUUCCUGCCUGUGGGCCCUGGCUGGCGUGGGGCUGGUGCUUAGCCUGGGUGAGGGCUGCCUCCUGAUUAGCGAGGUGAACGCUGACAACCCUGGGCUGGACACCACAGAGUUUGUGGAGCUGUACCACAGCAGUGGGCAGAGGGCCAGCCUGGAAGGGUACAGCCUGGUCUUCUACAACGGCAAUGGCAACAUGGCCUACAAGGUGUUAAACCUGACGGGUUACGUGACUGAGGACAGUGGCUACUUUCUGGUGGGCUCUGCCUCAGUAUCCCCUCGUCCAGCUAUCAUCCUGCAAGCCAAUAGUAUCCAGAAUGGGCUGGAUGGCAUUGCUGUGUACCACGGCGAGAAUGGUUACAGCAUAGGCAUGAAAGUAACUGCAACAGGCCUAGUAGACGCCAUUGUGUACAAAUCUCGACGUUCAGACAGUUCCGGAGUCCUGGAGGAGGUCUUAACGCCUGGGAAGCCAAGCUUUCUAGAAGAUGAGUCUUUCCAGCUAGGAGAUGAGUCCAUCGAGCGCUGCUGGCUCUCCGGGUCUAACUGGACAUUCCAGGCUGGCACUCCCUCCCCUGGCAGCACAAAUCCCUGCACCAGUCCGAGUAUAAAUUCCCCUGUCCAGAUCAGUGAGCUCCGUCUGGGGGAAGGGGUCUUCCUGGAGCUCAGUAUGCCCCAGCACGCUCCAAACUCCACCCCCCUUGCUCUGGUGCUUCUAGACGGUGUGACGGCAACUGUAAGCUUCAGCAUGGACAUCCAGAUACAGGAUUCUACUAGAAAGGGCCUCUUCCUUAUCUCAUCAGACAGGGGAAAUGUAUCAGUCUCCCAGGUGCUGCCCCCUGAGGGUGCUUCUCUCCUCCAGCAGCCGGGGGCGUUGGUGGGCGCAGUGGUGCUGUACUCCGGGGGGGUGGCUGAUUAUCCUACAGGGAGCCCCCUUAGCCAGGACCAGCCAAUCGACGCCCUCGUUUACACGGGAGGUGGGGAGCUGAACCCCAAUCUCACACAGACCCUGAUCCCCGGCAGAGAGCCUUUCCUUCUCAGCAGCAGGUUUCAGGAAGGGGGUGUAUCUCUGAGCCGCUGUGGGGCGGCCAAAUGGAGCCGGGACCCCGGGGUCUUCCUAGGGGGUCGUCCCACCCCAGGGCAGACUAAUGAGUGUCUUGGGUUGGGGCUGUGUCCUCACACUGUGGUGGCUCAGGGCGGCACCGUCAUCCCUGCUGUUGGCCCCUCUGGUCAGGGUGAGUUCCUGCUGAGUGAGGUGAAUGCAGACAGCCCUGGCGCACAGGAGGACUAUGAGUUCAUUGAGAUUCGACAUACCUCGGGCCAACAAGCCAGUCUGGACGGGGUCUGGCUGCUCCUCUUUAAUGGCUUCAACAACAAGCCCUACCAGCAGAUGGACCUCACUGGCCACAGCACUGACCCGCAAGGCUUCUUCCUGCUGGGAAGCUCCGGAGUGACCCCCCGGCCCUCCAUCGUGCUGCCCCCAAACACAGUGCAGAACGGCCCAGACGCUGUGGCCCUGUACCGCAGCCCCCAGGGGCCCCCCUUCUCGCAAGGGGAUUCAAUCCCCACGGAGGGGCUACUGGAUGCCGUGGUGUACCGCUCAAGGGGCUCUGACAAGGGGGCGAAGGCCCUGGGAGAGGUGCUGACCCCUGGGCAGCCCCACCUCUUGGAGGACCCCUCCUUCAGCUCUGUGGACGAGUCGCUGAGCCGCUGCGGGAGCCUCAAGCCUCGCCUGCUUGCCGCUUUCCAGGUUACCCUGCUGACCCCUAUGAAGGAGAACGCCUGUGCUCUGGAACCCACCCUUCACCCCCAGCCCACCCUGGAACCCAAGCUCGACGGGUUUGUCAUCUUCGAGGUGGCCGGUGCUAACUGGACCAACGCUACAAACCAGCAGGCCUUUGUGGAGCUGCGAGCCCCCCCCCAGUCCAGCAUGGUGGGCUAUGUGCUGGUGGUGUUUGAACAGGGGCCCGUCCGUGCCUCCAUCUCCAUACCGCUGACCGGGGAGAGCAACAGCCUGGGCUUCUACCUGAUCGGGACCAGUGUCUCCACUAACCAGCGCCUGCCCGUGGUAUCCAAUGGUACUCCUAUACCACAGAGGGGUGCAGUGGCACUGUACCACGGCUUUCCCAGCUCAUUUCCCGUAGGGAUGACCGCAUCGAACCUCAGUCUUGUUGAUGCUGUGGUAUUCAGUGAUGACCAGGAGCUGCUGCAGACUCUCACCCCCAGCAGCCAGCUCUACACUCCCGAGUUCAGGCCAGAGUUGGGGUUGGUCUCUCUCAGUCGUUGCUCCUGCUGUGAGUUGAGGACCCCCCAGGCUUGGACCCCUUCAAAGCCCACCCCCCAGAAUGACAGUCUGUGUCCCUCCCAAACCUUCCCCCUUGAGCUGGACCUGUGUGUGAGCAAGCAGGAGAGCAAGCGGGGCAACGCUGAGACAGACUGCAGGAAGUGGCUGCACAGGGAAGGCAGCAGAGAGGCCAUGCGGAGUGAGGUGGCGUUGUACCUGGAGUCACACUGCCACUGCGGAUUCUCCCCAGUCCACCUGCACGAAGCACAGUUCUCUUGCUAUGAGGGUCUGAUACGAUUAAGUGGACACAUCCUGGCGCUGUCUGAGGAUCAGCGUAACAACAUAAACCAGACGUUGAAGAACACAAGUCUGAUGCAGCUCUCGGGGGGUCUGGUGGGAAUGAGCUGCCCAGAGUUCUACAGGUCCCAGGGCUCAGAGAUGACCUCUGGCUGGAAGAUAGCGCUGGUCUUUGCUGCACUAUUGGUUGUUGGAUUGGCAUUUGCUGUAGCUGCUUACUGCUACAGGAGGAGGCGUCCCCUGAAUUACUCCUUGAUCGAGCUAAACAAUCAGGGAGAGGGGAACCCUGAUUUCUAGGGUCCCUGGACCCCUCAUUCCACCUCCCCUGGGACUGCAGUGAUUUAAACCUGAUCUCCCAACUCCUACAAAGAAAUGGGGUUCUCAGCAGCUAGCAGACCUGAUCCGUCUUCAGAGAUGUUUUUGUAAUCCUCUCUGUGCAUUUUUUCACACACUUAUAUCUCAAACUAUUUGAGAUACAGACUUAAUAUUUUUAGUGUUUCAAUUCUUCUGGUAAACCUUUAUUCUAAUUUUGUCCGAUACCAAUAUGAGGUGAAUUUACAAAACCUAUUUGGCCCACUAUUAUAACCUACCAAAAGAAACUGUUAAGCAUACAUCCUUCAUAUACUGCACAACCACUUUGUUUUUUACAGAGCAUUCUGUUGGCUACUCUUACGGUGGGCGAUUUCUGCCUAUAGAGAAUUCUGCUCAGAGCGCUCUGUGCUGCUCAUGAAUUUUGCAGUUUUCUACGUGUUGUAGAAUUGAUUACUAAUCAGUGUGCACAAUCUUUCUGCAUUUUGUGUAAAUGUUCUGGUAAACAUAAUUAAUAAUCACAAUACUCAUACUUUGACAAUUUUUGUUUGAUUUCCCUUUACCAUUUCAGAAAAUAUAAUCUCCAGCAUUUUGAAACUGUUAAACAUUGAAUAAAAAUAGAAAUUUAAAGUUGAAAAUACACAUUUGAGUAUAGUAUAGUAAUUGAAGAAGACAUACUAUGUGCAAUGUAUUUUUCUUUUUGGUUGUCAUAUCAUCUUGAUUGAUUUUAAAAAUGUAUUUCUUUCCUUUCAGAUUUAAAAACCUAAACCAAUCAGGGCAGAAGUAAAAUGUACACUAUUUGCUGUUGAAGGUGUCUACAAUGUUUAGAACCUAUCACGGUUGGCAAAAAUAUAUUGUAAAAAAUGUAGCACAGGGAUAAUAAUGUUUCCUUAAUAGACCAAUAGAUCACAUUUUAAACAAGACUUUAAUAAUUGUGUUCUGAUAUAUAGUAAACAAAACCCAUGCCUUUUAAAAGUGACACAUACACAGAUAUCUGCAGUACUGCUGUGUCCGGGCCAUGCUUUCCUGCCAGUCUGCCCACAGUGAGCUGUGUUUUUGGGAGGCUUGCUUGUACAUUUAAACCUUUCAAUUUAAAACCACCAUCUAACUCAGAAGAUCUCUUUGUAUACAUACUACAUUUUUUUAAAAUUAUGAAGGCUCAAAGUCAGUAGGGGACAUAACUCAAAUCCAAGAUGGCCGCCUGGUAGACUAAGUAUGAAUUUGGUGCAUUAAAACAAAUUUGACAUGAUUAAAACACAUACUUGGGGCAUUUUGAUUUCGAAUAUGUUUAGGUAAAAAUAACAUUUUAUUUAUUUUGCAUUUUGUUAGUUGAAAUCUAAAAUUUACGUUUGACCACCCUACUACUCUACAAUAACCAAGACACAUUGGGUUGGUUACAAUGUGCAUUUGCUUCCAAACCAGUCCUGCAACUGGUUUUGUGUGCAGUGUUUCUACUUUCUAAUUAUUAUUAUUAUUAUUAUUAUUUUUUUUUUUAAAUCAAACUUUCCACAGAAGCAAAUGGUAACAAGGAAUCCAGUGUGCGUGUAAUGCUAUAGGACACUUGUGAAAAUUCAAAUUUUUUAAAAUUGUUUUACAAUAAAAUUUCUUAUUAAAAACGG